AACGAAAUAAAAAACAAAAUAAAAAAGUUAAAGAUUCGAAAAUGAUUACUCACCCGCUCGAGUGGAUGCUGUGGCUAAUGGCCCUUAGUGUCAGCUGUCACCUGAUUGCCAAUGCCCAGCAGCUGCAGGGCCCACCGCCCCGUCCACGAGGACGUAUACGCAUUUCGGAUAUGCAAGCCCAGAUCCCUGGCCCAGACCCACUGCUACGAAGCUGGCCCAUCAGUUCCACGGUGCACACACACAUUCCGCUGCUGAGAGAGGAGAGUGGUCGGCCAGCCAUGCCCAGGCAGGAGUCAUCGGUGGUGUACGGCAACUGGAAGCCGGAACAUCCAGAAAUCCCCUACGACGCAGACGCGGAUCAGCAGCCCAAGGAGCGAGUCUACGGCCGUUUGGAGGCCAUGCUGAUGGGAUUGCCAGCAGAAGGCGUGGACUCGAAACCGUCCAGAUCCAGCGAAGAGCAGCAAGCUGCCAUCGCUCCUGGAGGCUAUCAGAGUCCCGGCAUUGCGCGUCCUGCCAGCUUUGAGCAAUCGAUGGAGAAGCAUGGACGACGGCGCGUAACCUCCCAGAAGCUGCCUCACCAGUUCGAAGUAGUAAGGAUGAAUGCAACCGAUCCUCGGCUCAGGGCCAUGGCCUCACAAAUCAAUGAAUCGGUGGAGACGACAACGGCAGCAACACGUCCCUCACAAUCAACCACGGACGACAACUGGAUGCCUUUGCCGUAUCCCUAUCCCUAUGACACCACAGUGCCGGCACCUCCUUCAACCAGUUCAAGUCUGCCGCAAUCGUCCAUGGUGCACCCUCCGGCGCCCACUCAAGCCACGAGCUCAACUACGGUCUCGCUCAACUGGCCAACAGAUUUCAUAGACAGCUCCUCCAACACAGCGAGCACCGAGCCGGAGCGCGUCGAUGCCAAUCUUAGCAUGAACAUUGACAGACGCGACGACAGCGUUGGUGAUUCCUUAGAUGACUACAAGUACUACGAGGAUUCGCUCAACUCCGCACAGAUGCACAGCGAGCUCAGUGUGCCGGACACCCAGGCACCGCAGCAGCCACUCAAUAUCACCCGCGUCGGGAUACCCUACGAGGAGCGGAACGCGGCCGAGGAGCCCACCAUAUGCGUGCCCCUAACCGUCACAGAGACAUCACUGGCCUCGGACAGUGCCACGCCUCUGGUACUGGAGGUGGAGCGUGUCUACUGCUUUCCCCUGCCCAAGGUGGAGGUGCGUACGGGCAACGUCAUUCGGCAACAGGUGGAGCAGAUAACGAGGUCGAGUCUGGGAGAAAUUCCCGAAAUGGACAUGGAGCCCACGGAGCAGCCAAUGCCAACCGACGUGACAGCCGGGGCUGCCAGCCAGAGCAGCACCCUCUCUAUGACGCUGCUCCUCCUCCUCCUCAUCGGUUACAGUACCUGGCCAAGGAUUUGGAUUUAGAAUAAGAAUUAUCACAGAUCACUUAAUAACUCAGGGGCUAAUCGUAAUAUACAAUUAAGGC